CAUGCACGUUUGUUUGCCUGAGGCCAUUUAUAGCAGGUGAAACGCACGUCUGUGUGUCCGUAUGUGAAUCCAGUAAAGCUGUGGCGAUGUCGCCCUCAACCAAAGAGAUGAAGGUGGUGUGUAUUGUGGACAGCUGGGGCCGCGCGGUACCACCAGGUGGUGAUCCAAAAGUCGCCGCCACAAGCUCGGGGACUCUACAGGAAUCUCGGCUUCUCGCGCUGUGUGUCAUCCAGAAAGUUUGUAAAAGUUUGGAGGCGGAGCUAGAGAAUGUCCAGUUUGAGAAGCUUGACUUUGGCGAGACGUCCGUCCUGGACUUGUUUUAUAAUGCGGACGUCGUCAUCGUGGACAUGAGUAUCCCGGUCCAGCAGUCGGCCCUGUUUUAUCACAUCGGAGUCAGGCAAAGCAUGGAGAUGAAGUUUAACAUUGUCCUCCAUUAUGAUGUAGACCCUGAGCAGUCAUUGGCAUUAAGGCUUUCCUGUGGUAACAACGUGCUGUUUUUCCCGUACUUGGUGGACAGUAAUAAGACCUGCGUUGUCGUGGAGAACUCAACCUUACCUCAGAACUGCUGUGUUCACCCGGAGAAAGGACAGCAGUCGUUAUUUGUACAACUCAAAAAGAAGCUCAGCGAAAUGGAGAAAGAAAACACGGUGCACAUCAAAGAGAGAUUCCUGAACGAUUUACGGAAAGCGCGCGACCAGUAUAAAGGGGAGGAGCUAGCCAAGGUUCUGGAUGCUAUGAAGACACGUCUAGAUGAUCCCCAGCUAUUAUGUGUAGAGGUCGUCAUGAAUAUGCUAAUUUCUUUGAGAGAGACACAGAACUAUGACGCUAUGUCUCGUUUGUUACAGAACUAUGACGCUAUGUCUCAUUUGUUACAGAACUAUGACGCUAUGUCUCAUUUGUUACAGAACUAUGACGCUAUGUCUCGUUUGUUACAGAACUAUGACGCUAUGUCUCAUUUGUUACAGAACUAUGACGCUAUGUGUCGUUUGUUACAAAACUAUAGCGCUAUGUCUCGUUUGUUACAGAACUAUGACACUAUGUCUCAUUUGUUACAGAACUAUGACGCUAUAUCUCAUUUGUUACAGAACUAUGACAACUAUGACACUAUGUCUCAUUUAUUACAGAACUAUGACGCUAUGUCUCAUUUGUUACAGAAAUGUGACGCUAUGUGUCGUUUGUUACAGAACUAUAACGCUAUGUCUGGUUUGUUACAGAACUGUGACGCUAUGUCUCAUUUGUUACAGAACUGUGACGCUAUGUCUCAUUUGUUACAGAAAUGUGACGCUGUGUCUCAUUUGUUACAGAAAUGUGACGCUAUGUGUCGUUUGUUACAGAACUAUGACGCUAUGUCUCGUUUGUUACAGAACUAUGACGCUAUGUCUCAUUUGUUACAGAAAAACGCUAUAACUCAAAAUGUCUGUUUGUUACAGAAAUGUGACGCUAUGUCUCAUUUGUUACAGAACUAUGACGCUAUGUCUCAUUUGUUACAGAACUAUGACGCUGUGUCUCAUUUGUUACAGAACUAUGAUAUAGAAAUCAAAAUUCAGAAUAUUUUCAUCCUAGAGGCCAUUCGACAGACUGACAAUCCUAGCCCUGAUAUGCUGUGUUUGUGUGGGCGGAUCUAUAAGGAUAUGUAUGUAGACUCGGAAUUCACUGACCGCUCUAUGCUGGACAAUGCCAUUGAGUGGUACAGGAAGGGGUUUGAUCGACAGCCUAACGAGUAUGCUGGGAUAAAUCUGGCUACUCUGUUAGUCAUCUCAGGGAAGGAUUUCGCCUCUUGUUCAGAGCUUCAAAGAAUAGGUCUGGUGUUAAAUAAUCUGAUUGGCAAGAAAGGCAGCCUGACGUCGCUACAAGAUUACUGGGAUGUUGCUACAUUCUUCGAGAUCUCGGUCCUCGCGCAGGAUUAUGGGAAGGCUGUACAGGCUGCAGAAUGUAUGUUUCGACUCGAGCCGCCAAACUGGUAUCUGAAGUCUACUGUUGGUAAUAUUUCUUUAAUUAUGAGAUUUAAGAAGAAGACGCCAAGUUACUCCAAAGAACUCCAGUUGUUUAAUUUUUGGAUGGAGUUUUUCGCUGAGGCGUGUAAGACCGAUCCUAAAGAGUUAACCAGCUCCUCAUUUCCUGUGUUAAUACAGGAGCCCAAUAAGGUGUUAAUGCCCAGCUAUGUCCAGGUGAACUGGGACGAGGACACUAAGGAGGUCAGACUGUGGCACGUGUACCCCGAGUCAGAAUCGUCUAAAGAUCAUGAGUGGACCUUCCCUGCCAUAACUAUAAAGGGAGUCAGUUUGUACAGAAGAGACUGCCGGGCUGUGUUUCUCUAUGUCCAGGAAAAUUCGGACGAUUUUCACAUUUUCUUCUCAUCAGAGCUGCAGAGAAGAGAGUUCUACAACAUGGUGUCCAACAUGAUAAAGGAUCAGGCCGACAGUCAAGUCUUCUCCGAGUCUCUGGACGAGUACGACUCAAUAGAGUACCAGUACGAGUUGGAUGAGAAGAACCAGCGGGUUGUGUUAGGACGCGGUAGUUUCGGGGUGGUUUACGCAGCACGUGACACAAAAACUCAAGUCAGGAUUGCGGUCAAAGAAAUCCCAGAAAAAAAUACACAGGAGGUGCAGCCCCUUCAUGAGGAAAUCAAGCUCCACAGUCGACUGAGUCAUAAAAACAUCGUCAAAUACCUCGGCUCUGUCAGCCAGGAUGGAUACUUCAAAAUCUUCAUGGAACAAGUCCCUGGAGGAAGCCUCUCUGCUCUGCUUCUGUCUAAAUGGGGGCCACUAAAAGACAACGAGACAACGAUAGCAUUCUACACCAAACAGAUUUUGGAGGGCCUUAAAUACCUGCAUGAUAACAAAAUCGUCCACCGCGACAUUAAAGGUGACAACGUUCUGGUCAACACGUACAGCGGACUUCUGAAGAUCUCGGACUUCGGCACGUCUAAACGUCUGUCUGGCAUUAACCCAUGUGCUGAGACUUUUGCAGGAACCAUUCAAUACAUGGCCCCUGAGGUGAUAGAUAAGGGUCUCCGUGGAUAUGGGUCUCCUGCUGAUAUUUGGUCCUUGGGUUGUACUGUGAUAGAAAUGGCUACAGGAAAGUUGCCUUUUAUAGAGCUUGGCAGCCCUGAAGCAGCUAUGUUUAAAGUUGGUUUCUACAAAAUGCACCCAGAAAUUCCUGACACGAUGUCACAGAAUGCCAAAGACUUCCUUCUCAAGACAUUUGAACCAAAGCCAGAACUGCGUGCCACUGCAGAGGAUUUACUGAAACAUCCGUUUAUUGUAGAAACUUUGUCAAAGAAGAAAAAGAAGAGAGCUAAUGAUGGUGAAUACUUCCGCAGUAUUUCUAUGCCAGCUGGUCAAGAGGGUUAUAUCCAGCAAAAAAACACGAUGCAGCUACAGCUACCAAAGAAAAAAAGAGAGCCGCGCUCCCCUGCAUCCAGUAUCGGCAGUAACGACACAAUGGAUAUGGAUGAGUAUGACGCUUCAGAAGAGAAAGAACGGGAAAGCGAUCUAAAAUACCACCGGUCUCGUAGUGUUCACUGUGGAUUCCUGACCAUGGACAGAACAGACAGGAAAGUAGAUCUAGGAUUUCGUAAACGAGCGGGAUCUGACAGCAAAUUCCUGGAAAGGAACCGGUCGCCAUCACCACUCACGCGGUGCCCCUCACCCAUGACCUUGGAGGGGUUUACGUACAGCUCUGACGCCGGUAGUUCGGGAUUAUCGGGGAGCUCUAGCAUGCUGAAUCUGUCCCCCGACAUCGGAGAUAUGGACCAUAAUUCCCAUGACAGUUCUGCACACGGAGGGUUUUAUUUACUGCGGAAGGAUUCGGAGCGACGAAUAACGCUGGUACACAUUCUGACAAAGGAUAUGGAACAGAUUUGUGACACAUGGCUGAAUUUUCUUCACAAAGAUGCCACCAUUUCAAAUCCCAAGCUGUCUGUGGAACAUUUACGAUGGUUACUGGUCAGCUUAAAGAACUACAUUGCAGACCCAAACUGUAAACACUGCAUCAAAGAUACAUUAGAACAACUUCGUCAGGCUGUGGACUUUGAUGCUGCUGCUCUAAUGGAGAUACAGCUGGCAUUAUAUGUGUUCCAUGAAGCUGUUAGUAAACAUUUAAAAAGUCACAGCAUUCAACCUCACUGGAUGUUUGCCCUGGAUAAUUUACUGAGGGGGGCUGUACAGGAGGCCAUCAUGAUUCUCUCUCCAGAUUUGGGGGCAAACAUCGCCGGGGCUAAGGAGGAAGAGGUCGAGACGUCGGGGGUUCCGUCCACAAACUCGGGGAAGUCGGCCGCGCUGUAUCGGAGUUCUGCCGUCAAUGAACUACAACUACAGCUGGAAACGGUGCAGGACGAAAACAUGCAAUUACUACAGCAGCUUGUAGAAGUCAACAAAAUGUAUGGAGAUGUUCUACGUAAAACAAUCGAGGAAAAGAAAACUCAUCUACAAAAUAUACAAGCCCUCUCCUCAAUAAAUGAUGUGUCUGCUGCAACCAUUACCAGUUCUAGAGUCCCGUCCAUCCACGAGCCCCCAGACGAGGCUUUGGUGACCUGGCUCCGCGACAGGAAGUUUGACGAGGAUGUUAUAGACCUGAUUACUCAGGAACAGUUUGUAUUGUCGGAUUUCCUCGAGAUUGUUCGUUAUGAUGACCUUCAGAAGCUUGGACUUAGGGGUGGAGUUCUGUGUCGGUUAUGGCGAGUGAUACAAAGUCAUCGGAAAGACCACGGACUUGAGAAAAAGCUGGCAGACAGGUAGCAGAGGUCAAAGGUCACCAAAUCAGGUCACCAAUAAGAAUGAUAAAGCCCCGCAUCAUGUGUGUCAUGUUUUAUCAGCCUCCCAUCCCAGGUCAGUGGUCUGUGAUUUUAUUCUGACACCGGUAUGGCAUUGCCAAAGUGAAGAGGUUUGCUUGCAGCACAGGGAAGAACAUAUCACAUGACUUUAUCACAUGACCUCUCAUGUGCAUGUCACAUGACCUCUCAUAUAGCAGUUAUGCUAGUUAUUAUACAGAGGAUAGUUGUAUUCACAUGAAUUCCCCGGGUUCCUUCCUUGGAUGCAGUCUAGGAGAAGCAGCAGACCAUCAGGUGUUUGUUUAUAAACCAUCAGGUGUUAACUUGUGUAACAUUUUUGUAAUGCUGUACUUCUUGUCAACAUUGCCUUUGAUAGAUUUAUGAAGUAUGUGAUGUGACUAUUUCUUAUCUGUGAUGUUAAGUGCUGUAUUAGAGUAUGAGGGAGAAAGGGACAGCUUAUCCUUUGAUAUUAACAUUUCUGGUUUAUUUUUUGUAUUUUUGCCUGUGAUUUUAACACGAUUUUUAGUUAUACCAAAUUUUAUGCCUUUUAGUUAACAUUUUAGAUCAGAAAUUAUUAUACACUUGUAAUUAUAUAUUCAUGUCUGAAUCUUGUUUGUUUUGAUAUUGAGUAGCUUUAAAUUUCUGUAUUAUAUUGAUCAAGGGCUUUGUUUUUAUCAGUUUUGACAUACGCAUUAGAAACCCUCAAUCUGUUGUUAUUGUAUAAUUUCAUCACUUCUGAUCUAAGUAGCUGAGUUGAUGAUGUGGUACGCAAACUUUAACUCUAUCAGUAGCUAUAAAGUAGCUGUUCUAAGUAGCUAAGCUGAUGAUGUGUAACACAAACUUUAACUCUAUCAGUAGCUAUAAAGUAGCUGUUCUAAGUAGCUAAGCUGAUGAUGUGGUACGCAAACUUUAACUCUAUCAGUAGCUAUAAAGUAGCUGUUCUAAGUAGCUAAGCUGAUGAUGUGUAACACAAACUUUAAAUCUAUCAGUAGCUAUAAAGUAGCAGGUCUAAGUAGCUAAGCUGAUGAUGUGGUACACAUACCAUGCAUACUAAAGCUAGUCUUAUAAGUGGCCAUACAAUUAAAAGUAGAUAAUCUUCAUAAGUGGCCAUACAAUAUAAAGUAGAUAAUCUAAGUUGAUGAAUUACCGGUAGGUGCUACAUACAUUGUUUUAAUGGUGUGUUAAUUUUUUUGGUUUCGCAAUUGAUCAAAGCAGAAUGAAUAUGUGUUAUUUUUCUGAGGGACAUUAUGCUAUAUUUACACAAUACACCCCUCCCCCAAUGCUAAAAAAAGGAAAUAUGUAUUAAGUAAAUAUUUUUCAAAGCAGAAGCAUUUAAUUUGAUUUAUAUUCUCUAAAAUCAAUGUCGGGAAUGCUGUUUACUGGGAAAUUUUUGUCAAGUUUUAUUUUUCACCCUUUUAGCCCUUGUCACAAUAGGUAAAUUUUAAAUGAGGCAAAUUCAAAGAAAAUGACAUCAUUACUUAUACAGAAUUGUGUUGACAAAUUCAAAACAGGGCUAAAUUGUUUACACGUGUGAAAAGGCGGAAUAAGAUUGGACGAAAAUAACCCUAAACACAGUAACAUGAAAUGUAAAUCGCAAGAAUUGUAAUAUAAUUCUGUUGAUAUUUAGACCUGAUAUUUAACCACAUGGAUUUAAUUCAGUGAUUUACUAUUUGGUAGCAUUUUAAUUGGCCCAAUGAUUAACCAAAGGGCUUUAAACCAGUGAUUUAAUUUACUAUUUGGUAACAUUUUAUAGGCCUAAUGAUGAGCCGCAAUGUUUUAAUUCAGUGAUUUAUUACUUGUUAGCUCUCAUAUGAAGCAAAUUUUAAAUGUGUUAUUUUUGAAAGUAUAUCCCUUGGAUAUUGAUUUAUAGCCGGUCUUUGUUUUAUUGAACUUUUAUGAAAAUGAGAAUAAAAUACUGUUGUUUUUGAU